UAGAAGAAGGAAAGUGGCCAGCACAGUUCGAAAAUCGUCCGUGAAAUUAGUGGCAACGAGGGGAAACGGGAGCCCCGGAUUGGGCCGUGCGAUAAGUGUGAGCUUUGCCUGCGACACCGACGACAGUAGUGGCCAAGUUCCAGUGCGUAGGUCCGCGGAGCACACCCCCCUUCAUCCGUCUUUUAAAGGCCAGCAAAAAUCGAUCCUCGGCGAUGGUGGAAUCGCGAAAAGAUGAAGGCAAAAAAGUGGCUGGCGACCAGCAAGACCAACAACCGAACCAGCGGACAGUGAUUCGAUUCGCCUCCGUCCGCUGAUCUGUGCGUCCGUGCGUGGCGUGUGUCUGUUUUGGAGAAAAUCAAUUCCAUCGAUAAGAAAGCAGAACCACCCCCCGCGUGAGCAGAGGACAUCCUGGAACUGGUCGGCAGGAGCAGAAGCAGGAGCAACGGUUUGAAGAAUAAUGCCAUUUCGCGUUCGUCCGGGAGACGGGUUUGGAAGUUCCCGGUUUCCCCCGAAAAGAGCGACCGCCGCGUAACGAGUUGCGUGUAGGUUUGUGCCGUGUCCGUGUGUCUGUGCGUGCGUGCGUGCGUCCGUGUGUAGUGCACGUAAGUGUGCCCGUUGGUGGAAGCGAAAAUUGAAAAUUAUUGUCGGUCGAUUCCAGCGGAAUCGCAACUCCGAGCAAAAUCCGAUCAAAAACCAACCAACCGAGGAGCCGACGCCGAGAUGAUGAUGAUGAUGAUGAUGAUGGGCAGUUUAGGUGUCUUCUUUCGACAGCAGCUUACCGGUUUGGUGGCCGUGGCCAUCAACAGCCAGCCCGACGAGGAGCGAUGUUAAAGGUGCAGCCGCCGCAGCUGCAGCAAUUUGGCCAGGGUGCAUGCGUGAACGCACCGAGUCUUGUCCGUCGGUGCAUUUGUGUACAUCGCGGCCUACGAAGGAUCGCCCCUUCGCCUACUAUGCGUUUUUAGUGAAAAGUGUCUGUGUGUGGAGAAGCGCCCAGAACAGUCACGCGUUCGCGGUGUACGAGUGUGUUGGUGCGAUUGCGCCUGCCGCCAGGAUAACAAGGAUGUUGUGCUGCUGGUGUGCGAGCGAGUGUACAUCGGAAGGGUGUGGUAGUAGUAUCCUGUAAACAUCCCAGCUCAGCGCAAACGAGUAGAUGAGCCAAGAUGAGCAGCAGCAGUAGGCGACAGUUGUCAAGUGAAGUUUGUCGGUGCUUCGGACAGCUUCUCAUCACCGUGGGGGAAGCACGUUACUGAGCAUCACCUUUACUCCACACAUUCGAAGACACGGGUAGAAGAAGGACAGCGAAGACGUGUUUCGGUACUCGACCCUGUGUGGAACCACCGAUAACAGGUGCGGAGUCUAGCUGUCCGUCUCGGAGGGAGGAAAUUUACCAUCAAUCGCAGCAACCAACCAUCCGCGGCACGUUCAAACGAGCGCGAUCCCGAUCGACGGGGCACCAUGGUGUUAUCUUAGAACAGUAUUGACUGAUAACACGCCCCGGAACUGCAGCCGGCCGGUUGGUAGACAGUGAAGCGAAGCGGGAGAAAAGAAAGUCUAGAAGACAUCGACCUCCCCCCGUGGUGUAAUCAGUGGAAGAGGUAGUCCGUAGACUGUGCUUUUUGGUUCGAUUUUGUGAUCGUUGUCCUUCAGCCGUCCCGUCGCACCAACACGUCUCGGCACGUCACGAUGAGUCAAAAGACGUCAGGAGAGACAGCCGCAGUAGGUGGUGGCGUAGGAGGAGUUCGAAGUAAGUCAGGUACAAUGAAGGCGACCGCGACAACGACGACGACAAGUACGACGGCCACGACUUCGCCCACCGCCAGUCAGAAACCGUCCAUCGAAGCAUCGACAACAGGAGGUGCAGUGACAGUACCAGCAGCAGCAGCAGCAGCAUCGAAUGCUGCAACAGGCAGUGGUCAAUCAGUGAUUAACAGUGCAGAUGGCGUACGUCCGAAGGGAUCGCUCUCCUCGGUUCGUGCGCUUAACUUUGACGAUCCGGAGCUCGCAGUGGCCACACUUCCCGGUGGACGUAAAACAGGUGCUCCGAAGUUACACUCCAGCACCACUGCAGUAGUGUCGGCCUCGAAACCACCCCAAUCCGCUCCAAAGCACCAUCCGGUGGAAGAGUUAAAGAUGGCCCCGCAAACGUCGCUUCCGGCGGCGCUUCCCCGGCCCGCUAGUCCCAGCAAGUGCAGCGCAUCGAAGAAGAACGUGCCGCACCAGAGUUCGCUGAAGCACGAGACACAGCGCGACAGUGGACUGAGCGUUGGUGCGAAACCGACACUUUUGAAGUCAUCCUCUGUACCGGCACCACCGAGUCCGAACGGCGGUGCCGGGAAACAUACACAACACCCGGCGGCACCAUCGGUGUACCCGCAGCCACUGGGCGUUAGUCUGAUAGCACCUGUGAUAACGACGGCCGCCGCUUCACCGACGGCAUGCUCUCCAGCAACAUCGCUGACCGGUUCGUCGCUGGCGUCGACCGUCGUGAUGCGCACUUCGU